AUGUCCAGAUCCACUAACCCAUCCUCGACCCUCCACAUGUCGCAUGGGCCGUCUUGCGCUCGCCUCAAACCCCCGCUUUCGCCUUCGCAAACUUCAGCAUACCGCUAUCGCAUCGUGAUUUUCUCCUUGUGCAUCCUUCAUCCAUGCCGGUUUUGCUGUCAGCAGACAAGACUCUGCUGCAUCUGGCCCCCACCAUCUGGCAAUCCCGCAAACCUUGCCGUUUUGCCUGCCACUGCAUCUCCUGCUUCUCUACUACUGCUUCGGCCUCGAUGCCCGCAAAAACCACCCUGCUAUUUCGCUUCGGGUCUCGACACCCCCUCCCUUGCUGCUGUCUUUCCUUCUUGA